CCAGUCUCUCCAGUUUCCCGCUGUUGCCUCGGGCGGGGAAAUCCUCCAGCACUUCAGGUUAGCGGCAGGCAAUUUGGACUGGUCUCCCGACCGGGGUGGAUUAUUGCACUUGUUCCUGGGCGGGCCGAUGCAAGCGGCUGGAGGCAGGUUGCCAAUGCGAAGGAAAGCAGGAAGGCAGGCUCAGCCCUAGGAAGCUGCAAGGCGGCUAGAUCUGUGGACGCGUCCAGGCUGGGGCGCUUCUACGGCUGUUCCGCGGUCGUCUUAGCCUGGCCGCGUCUUCCAUGGCUCCCGCUGGCGCCCUCAAGCACCUCAGCCUCGCCUUGAGCGCAGCGGUAGCCGCUUUGGGCUCGCUCCUUUUCAUAGCCUGGAAAAUAUACUUUCGAGACGCCAGCCACAGCAGCGUUGGUUGGAGAGGACGCUGGGAGCAGCAACUGCUGGCCGAGCUACGGCACAACACCCCUAACGGAGAGAAGGCACAGUCUUGUGAAUAUCAGGUUUUGGUUCUAGGCUUGGAUGGGGCAGGAAAGAGCAGCAUUCUUCACUAUGUCUCCAGUACAGAAGCCAAAAGGUAUACACACCCCACUCAGGGCUUCAAUUCCGUGCAACUGCAGGACAGUGGGCUCCAGAUGGACCUUCUGGAAGUUGGUGGCAGCCAGAACCUACGUUCCUACUGGAACCAUUACCUGAGCAAAGCCCACAUUCUGGUGUUCGUGGUGGAUGCUGCAGAUAGUCCACGUCUUCCUGCUGCCCGGCAGGAGCUGCACUGUCUACUAGCUGAGGAUGCUCAGUUACCUUUAAUUGUGAUGGCCAACAAACAGGACAAGAGGGAUGCACUGAGUAUAGUGGAAUUACAGGAGGAGUUGGCCUUGCACACCUUGAAUAAUCAACGGAAACUCUUUCUCCUUCCUACAAGUGCUACUUAUGCAGGUCUGAGCACUGCAAACAGCGUUCUCCAUCUAAAGAAUCUGCUGAUCAAACUUCUUACCCAGCUCUAACCAUUCUUGGACAUUGCCAAGAUAUUCAAGCCAGAUGGACUUCCAGGAUGUUACUUCUUGUAGCAGCUACUUGAGAUAUUUUAUAGAUAUACUUGAGGAGCAGGCAACCUCUCUGAGUCCUCUUUUAGAUGUUUCCUAAAGUUCUCUCCUGCCUCCAGGGACUCCUCUGCCAAUAUGUCCUUUGAUGCAGGAUGAGAAAGAAAAACAGAAACAAAGGGCACUAUUCAACAGGGCAACACCAGUCUUGACGACAGUUGGUGGCAGUGGCCAAUGAUGAGUGCACUCCUUAAAAAGUUCAAAUAUUAGUACUCAUACUCCCACUGUAUUUUACAGUUCCUGCUACCAACAGAACUCUGGUAACAAAUAGGAAAGAUAAAGCUAAUGAAUGUGCCUUCUCAAAGGUAGAGCUUCCCUUUCUUCGCUUAUGAAAGGGCCUGAAUACACAAACCUUUGUUGUACUGUUUGGAUGCUGGGGUUGAUCUUGCCCCAGCAAGACUAUUCAAGCCUAGCUGUAGUUGAAAGAGAAUGAGACACAUUGGUUCAAAUUAGCUGGGGCGGGGGGGUCUGAGUGGGGAGAAUUUCAUUGGCAUCCCACCUGAACCUGUGCAGUGGCCUGUGCUGGUGCACUGAUGCAGAGGAACAUCAGGACUCUCCUUAAGCCCUUGAUUGCGCUCAUACAUGGCUUUCUCACUGACUAAGCACAUGGUAUCUUGGCAGCUCCCUCCCCAGAACACAAGGUGUCCUUAACUGACUGGUAUUUCCUGAUAAGCUAAGCAUAUUAGAGAAACUGGGUGUGAGACCAAAUGGCCUGUUGAGACCUUUAUGUAGCCAGUAUUAUUCCCAAUACCAGCUUCCCCUAAAUGGUUUCCAUCUACACCGCAGUGCUCGUUUUCUUGCCUGUCUGCUGCUUUCAAAGACUGAAUCGAUGGGCUGCAUUUGCUGGAGAGAAUUUAAGGGAAGGGCUGCUUAAAAGGCAAUGAGGAAAUUUUGAAUAGGUUAAUAAGGAAUGCAGAUAGAGUGUGACCUGAUUCAGCCUUUAUGUCAAUCCAUCUGAACAUCCUCUUCCUUAUUUGAUGCUAUGUCAGAUCUCAGUCACCCAAUUCAGGGACGAAACUGUCCCUCCCUAUAGCAUCCGUUUAUGCUUUGACCAGGAAACAAAAAAAGAACACUGCACAGUCUGACUGUGGUAUUUUUGCUGUCUUCCUACUUUUUUCUUGUUGCCUUCCAGUAGGAUGGGAGAAUCACUGUAGUCUGACGUUGGCUAGAUUCCUUUUGUAAAAAAAGCAGACUCCCCACUCCAGUAACCAUUACCACUUGAUCCCAGCCUAAUAGAAGCUUAUUUGGGCCAGUGGUUUACAGCCCUAUAAAAUCCUAGAUUCUUCUAUGCCUAUAUGAAAAAUAUAAAUGCAGACCAAUUGUUUACAUUAAAUUUUUCAUCUUCCUGUACCAAUAAACCUUAAAAUGUUACAUCCUUCUUGAAAGAUGUGGUUCUAUGUUCCAU